AUGCUCUGGAAAAAGAGCGCUACCGCGCUUCUAUUCGCAACCGGUGCAGCUUCGCAGAACACAACAUGCAAACACUGCGACGAAUCAGCUCACGGUUUCGCAUCCCUCAACGGCGGCACAAUCGGCGGUAAGGGCGGUCGCACUGUCUUCGCGAACACCUGGAACGAACUCAAGGACUACGCUUCCCGGAAUGGCUCUCUCAUCAUUCGAGUCAAUGGACUUAUUAAGUCUGAAACACGAGGAUAUGAAAUCCCGAUCGCAAGUCACAAGACGAUUAUCGGCGUUGGAAAGGACUCUGGGCUAGUCGGCGGUGGUUUCGCUGUCAAAGGCACGCGAAACAUUAUUCUACGCAACCUGCAAGUCUCGGACACAAGAAUACCAGAAGACUGGCCGGGCAAGGGUGAGGACUGGGAUGGGAUACAAGUCGACACCGGAUUCAACAUCUGGAUCGACCACAUGAAAUUUGCACGCAUGAACGACGGCCUGAUCGAUUUACGCCGCGACUCCAGUUACAUUACUGUCUCCAGUUGCAUUUUCUCCGAGCACAACAAAGCCCUGGGAAUUGGCUGGACAACCAACAUAACCGCUAAAGUGACCAUCAACGACAACUUUUUCAACUCUACAAAUUCGCGAAACCCUUCAGCCGAUAAUUUGGAGAUGUGCCACAUGUACAACAACUACUUUCGCAACUGCACAUCGUACGGGACAUAUGCGAGAGGCCACACGAGUUUGCUGGUGGAGCAUUCAUAUUACGAUACGGUAUUUGAUCCACUAGUGGCAGGGCCGAAUGCGUCAAUCAAGGCGAAUUGGAUCAAGUUCAAACACACGGAAGGGGAGGCUCUUUUGGAUGUCAAUAGUAAGAAGGUGUUUAAAGCGAGUGAUUAUUAUCAAUAUUCGUUGCGGGAUCCGUAUGAUCUGCCGAAUGACAUUCCAUAUUUUGCGGGGCCGCAGGCGGAGAUUGGCAGUUAG